GAAAGAUAAGAGAAUGGAUCCAAUUGCUGUCCUUGUUGUCGUCUCCAACCUUUUACGACUCUCAAUAAACCACACCACCACCCACCUUCUCCCUCUCUCUCGCCCACCACGACCCAAACAAACAGCUACAAAAACAGAGGCGCAAGGUCAAAAUCAGCAAUUCUUAAAAAAUCAAAUCUAUCUCUGACUCUCCUUCUAUUCUAUUCAAUGGCGGUCAAGCUCAACUCCCUAAACAACGAGACACAGACAACUACAACUUCAGAAAUCUCAACCCGCCAUCUUCUAAGCUUCUUCUUCUUCUUCCUCAUCAAAUCUUUCUCACUCUCAGCAGUAGCCUCCUCUGUUUCCCUUCUUUGACAAACCUCCCCUGCUUCUUUUGUUGAACUUGGGUUGGCCUCUCUUUUAUCACAAGCUCUCAUUUUGAUGCUCAUUUUGGCCAAGUUACAAUAAACCCGUAACUCCCCAGCUUAUUACUUACCCUUUUUUCAACCUCUACACUCUCUUUUUUGGGGUUUCGUGUGUGUGCCCAUUUCGACUUUUUUGCCUCAAGAACCCCAUUAGUUAGUCCAUUACUCUCCAUUAUCUCUCUCUCAUCUCUCACAUUCCAAGAAGGACACAGAUCAAUAUUAUUUACAAAUAUUGGAGAGAAAGCAGCUUGACUCCUAUCAAAAAGCAGCACUUUGAGAUCUGUUUCUUUACUUUUCUUGGUCUUCGCCCUCCCACCUCUCUCUGUUUUCCUUCACCUCCGCUUACUUUUUUAUGUUCUUGAAUCUUUUGUCCGAGUUGAUUGUUAAAAUUGAGGGGUUUUUCUGGGUAUCCCUUCUGCGGUUCUUGAAUCCCUGAAAGAACGAAUCUUUGUCACUAUUACUUAAGUCGAGUGACAAGAAACCACAGCCAAAAUAGAAAAAAAAAUAAGAAAUGGGGAGUAGUAGAUGGAGAAAAGCAAAGCUGGCUUUGGGUCUGAAUCUUUGUGUGUACGUGCCAAGGACGCUGGACGACGACUCGCCAGCAGCAACUUCAACGGAGAGGGUAUCAGAUGUUGCUCUGCUUUCGCCUACAAGUUGGGAUGUUAGGCCAAUGACUCCAGUUCCAUCUUCUCAUGGUUUGAAGCUGCCCAGAACUGGGAGCAAGUCUUCUAAGCAAAUCUGCUCAAUCUGCCUGACCAAGAUGAAACAAGGAGGUGGCCAUGCGAUUUUCACAGCGGAGUGCUCACAUUCGUUCCAUUUCCAUUGCAUUGUUUCCAAUGUGAAGCACGGCAAUCAGAUUUGUCCCGUCUGCAGAGCAAAAUGGAAAGAAAUACCCUUGCAGGCUCCCGAUUUAGAUCCUCCGCUUGGGAGAGCUGUCUCAAUCAAUGCUGUAGGCUGGCCUAACAAUGAUGCUUUGAUGACUGUGGUGCGUCGCUUACCUCCCCCUCGUAGGGACCCGAGUAGAAGGCACAUUGUACCAUUACUUCAGGUUGCCGAACCUGUCGUAUUUAACGACGAUGAAACUUUGGACAUCCAGCCAGGAUAUGAAAAUGGUGCCGGUUGCAGUUCUGGUAGAGCAAUUGACAUCAAUGUACAUCCUGAAGUUACAGCAGCAUCACGUUCCAAUUCUUAUGAGAACUUCACUGUCCUUGUCAAUCUUAAAGCUGCUGCUGUUGCUGCCAUGAUAAGAAACCAGACUAGCAGCUUUCCUCAACUUUCUCAAACUCCUCGAGCUCCAGUUGACCUGGUCACAGUUCUCGACAUCAGUGGUAGCAUGGCAGGAACAAAGCUGGCAUUGCUAAAACGUGCUAUGGGAUUUGUGAUACAGAACCUUGGCUCCAAUGACCGGCUCUCUGUUAUUGCCUUCUCAUCCACAGCUCGACGCCUCUUCUCCUUGAGGCGAAUGUCUGAUGCAGGCCGGCAGCAGGCGCUUCAAGCUGUCAACUCGUUGAUAGCCAAUGGUGGGACCAAUAUAGCCGAAGGCCUGAGAAAGGGAGCCAAAGUGAUGGAAGAAAGGAAGGAUAAGAAUUCAGUUUCAAGCAUAAUAUUGUUGUCUGAUGGACAGGAUACUUAUACCGUCAGUAGUGGUACUAACCAGCAUCCUGAACAACCGAAUUACCAAUUGCUACUUCCUCUUUCUACUAUUGAUGGUGGUGGUGGGACCGCGGGAUUGAAGAUUCCAGUGCAUGCAUUUGGGUUUGGAGCGGAUCACGAUGCUUCAUCGAUGCAUUCGAUUUCUGAAAUUUCGGGUGGUACAUUUUCCUUUAUUGAGACGGAAGCCAUUAUCCAGGAUGCUUUCGCACAGUGUAUUGGAGGCCUCUUGAGUGUUGUGGUGCAGGAGCUGCAGGUGGGUGUUGAAUGUGCGAACCCUAGCAUCAACUUGCGGUCGUUGAAAGCUGGAAGUUACCCAAGUCGGAUAUCAGCUGAUGGACGUAUGGGGUUCAUUGAUGUUGGAGAUUUGUAUGCAGACGAAGAGAGGAAUUUUCUCAUUUCACUCAAUGUUCCACCAGCAGAACCUUCAAAAGGUUCAACAUCAUUGCUCACAGUGAAAUGCGCCUUCAGGGACCCACUAACUAAAGAAAUGGGCAUAGUGGAAAGUGAAGAAAUUAUACUCCAGAGACCUGAAGUAGCUGAGGAAUUAGCAGUUUCAGUAGAAGUGGACAGGCAGCGUAAUAGGUUGAAGGCGGCAGAGGCAAUGUCACAGGCAAGAACUGCAGCUGAGCAAGGGAACCUAACUGGUGCAGCUUCCAUCCUUGAGAAUUGUCGGAAGGAGCUGUGGGAAACCAUGUCGGGCAGAUCGAAUGACCGGUUGUGUGUUGCACUAGAUGCCGAGAUGAAGGAGAUGCAAGAGAGGAUGGCGAGUAGGAAUGUGUACGAGUCCUCAGGUAGAGCAUACAUACUGUCGGGGCUGAGCUCACAUUCGUGGCAAAGAGCAACAGCGAGGGGAGACUCAACAGGCGGCGGAUCAAGCCUUGCUCAGUCAUAUCAAACACCUUCGAUGACAGAGAUGCUGACUCGAUCUCGGGCAACGUUUAUGGGGAGCCCUACUCAGAGGCUCGUCCAACCGUUAUGGUCAAUUGGGUCACAACCAAAACCAAGGUGAUGGGUCAGGGCUUCAUUAGUACGAGCCACUCUUGCAAUGCCUAAAUGUGGCUUUCUACAUUUUGUUUGGAAUACCAUUGGUAGAAAGUCUGAGUUGGGUCUUCUUUUCUUUCAUUUCUGAAUUUUUGGGUUUAGUUGCUCAUUUUGUGUAAAUGAAUAACGACUGGGAAGAGUGGCAAAGAAAGUAUAUGAGAUGGGGGUUGGGGAGAAGGAAAGGGGAAGAGCAGGGUUAGGGUUUUUUAUGACUUUUUGAUGUUUGUUGUUG